CCCUAUCCCAAUUUGGACGGCUCCUAACUAACUUCCUCACAGUUUGUUAAUCCCUUUAUUCCUUCUAAUACAUUCUGUUACAGCCCGCGCACACUUCACUUUGGCUUGUAAGAACAAGCAUUCAAAUAGAGUUUGCGUGACUUAUGGUUCUGCUCUAAAUCAGCAUAACAAUUUGGUUCUUUCCAUUUAGAGUGUACAAUUUUUAUGUUUUUCCACGUCAGGAGCUUGCAGGUUUGGGUCCUUGUUUUGAGUUUCUCUGCCAGACUACUUCCAUAGGUUUUUUGGCUAAAUACCAGUUUGAUUUUAAUGCAUGCAUACAUGAAGGUUGGCUUACUUUUCCUUCUUUUACCUGUGGUUACCUUUGAUGUCAAGCUGGUUAUUAUAUUGGUUUGCUUACUUUAUUUCUGGCAACGACUCAUUCAAAGCUUAAGUUGUUAUGUGAAGGUGCUAUUAUUGUAAUCUUUAACAAUUUCUUUGCUGGGAAAGGUAAAGAUGUGGAAACCUCCCUAUUGGAUGUUUAUAGUUUGAAUUCCUGCAUUGUUCAUUUGUUCUGAGAAAAAAAUGGUCCAUAAACUGAGGGUUAUGGAUUGGCAAGCUGGAAACACUUUGGGACAUCUUUGGAAAUUAGUAGUUGGUCAAUGUUCCAACAAUAGUCUGUGAAUAGGAUGGCAUUCGAUCUGUCUAUACAAAUGUCAACUCAAGUUCUUAAUGUACUUGUAGUUUGAGAAUUUGUAACCUUGGAUAAUGUCAGGAAUAUCUUAUUUAUCCAGAGAACAAGAAAGUGAAGCUGUAAGGUGCUUGAAUACAAUUAAUGAUAGUGACGGGUUUGAUGAAGAUUCAAGGUUUGGCAUGAAGAAUGUCAAAGACAUACCGUCAGUCAGUAUGUCAGAUAUUUUGUUCACUGAACGAGUGAAAAACAAAUUCAGUGAAUGGCGUGAUGGGUUAUUUCAGGACCAAGAUGGGGAAGACAAAAUUCAAAGAUUCUCAGAAGAUUCAAAACAGCAACUUCAAGUCAUUUUCUAUAAGAUGCUUCCAGCUCUUAGACUUUGUGGAUUCACCUCUCAUCAGCUUAAGUUGAUUAAGUUGGUUGUCAGAAAGCAUUUCAAAGAUAUUUUUUAUGUCAGUGUAAACAGCGAGGAUUCUGGUUUGCAACACAUGGUUGUGUAUACAGACUCAAGGGAUGAACUGAAAUCACUUCUGAAAGAAGUGCAAGAUGAGCAUCAAAGGGAAGUAGAGAUGAAGAUUCAAGCUGCGGUAGGAUUCCGUCAUGUUGUUGACCUCCUUUCCUCAGAACAGAAGCUGAUAGUCGGUCACAAUUGCUUUUUGGAUAUUGCUCAUGUAUACAGCAAAUUUAUAGGUUCUCUUCCAAGCACUGUUCAAGACUUUGUCUCCUCUGUUAACAAGUAUUUUCCAUACAUUGUUGACACCAAAAUACUCUUGAAUGGCAAUUAUUUGCUCCAAAAAAGGAUGAAAAAAUCCCCAAAAUCACUGGCCUCUAUAUUUGCCUUUUUGUGUCAACAAAUUGCUGUUGGAUUCAAAAGCAGUGACGUAGUUUCUCUGACAGCCAUGAAAGUGGAGAUCGAAGCGAAUGAUUCAAGGUCAUCUAGCUGGAACCCUGGAGGCAAGCAUGAAGCUGGAUAUGAUGCUUUCAUGACCGGAUGCGUCUUUGCCCAGCUGUGCAGUCAUUUAGGUGUUGAUUUUAAAUCCAAUGACUCUUCACAACAUUUAGCCCUCAAUGAGAAAAUUCGGAAGUACAUCAACCUUCUUUAUCUUAAUUGGUUGCAUGGGGACAUUAUUGAUCUAAGUACCGGUGAUAGAGUUGGAGAUUUUGGGAUUCAUGACCUCAAGAGACAACAACGGCAGAAGAUUUUGUUUGAGAAUGUAGUUCUUAUAUGGGGACUUCCUUUCAAGCUCAGGACAAGUGAAGUAAGAGAUUGUAUAACCAAAGUUUAUGGUCCAACUUCUGUAGUUGCAGUCUAUCGCCUGGAUGAAUCUGCAGUGUUUGUCCAGCUCAGCAAGACUGAACUAGUCUCGGACUUUCUUUCAUUGAAGGACAAAUUAGAGGGACCGGGUAGUCCACUUUCGGUUUCACAUCCUUUUGCAAAACUCUUGGAAGGUGGAAACACUUGUGCUGCUUCUUAUGAUACUUACAAAGAGAUUUGUGGUUCCCCACUUUCAGAAAUUUUGUUUGCUGAUCAGGCAAAGGCGGUUGGUAUAAAGUGGAAGACAAAAUUAGUAGAACACAAGGCUGCCCUGGAAACUGAAGAGAAGAUUGAGCCAACCACACUUGACCAGUUAGGAAAUGCUGUUGAGAAGUGCAUGUUUUUAUAGUUAAAUAGGUAUAGAUUUUGAAGUAUAUUGAAUGAAAUUUAUAAAUAUUUUAUAUCCAUUUAGUUUAUUUUAUCUA